AUGGCCGACGAGAUCCGCCCCUCCUUCCCAGUGAGCAGCUCGCCGCCCCCGGAGUCGGCGGCCAUCCAGUCCAUCAUCUCGGCGCUCGACCUCCAGACGCACAUUGAGGGCGGCUACUACGCCGAGACGCACCGAGACGCACUGCUCGUCCCGUCGCCGUUUCCCGAGACUCCCGCUUCGGAGCUGGUCGCCCAGCGGCCCGGCUUCGACCCCAAGCAGCGGAACAUCUCCACCACCAUCUUCUACUUGGUGACGCCAUCUUCUCCCCAGGGAAACUUCCACCUCGAGACCUCAUUGAUGAAAUCUGACAAGAUCACCAAGCUGACCAUCACCAGACACACACUGCACAAGGGCCGCGGGCGGUACGUGCUGAUCCACGCAGAUGAGGACAACCGCAUCGAGACCUUCGUGGUCGGCCACAACGUCGCCAAGGGCGAGAAGUUGCAGUGGAUCGUCACGGGCGGCAAGUACAAGGCCAGCUUCCUGCUGCCGGACCAGGAGGGCGGCGACACCAGCAGCGAGGGCCUGCUCAUCUCCGAGACGGUCGUCCCGGGCUUCGAGUUCUGCGACCACGACUUCCUGUCGCUCAAGGGCCUGCACGACCUGCUCGGCGAGGAGAAGGCCAAGCCGCUGGAGUGGCUUGUGCGGAAGGAUUAG